AUGUACUUCGACGAUUCUCAGUCACAGAACCUCCACCACUACGAAGACGAAGACGACGACUCCGGUGACAAUUCAACUUCGCCGCCGACGACAUGCUCGCAGGGCCACCGCUUCACUCUCGUCCUCCAAACCAAGCAAGGCGGCUCCAUCUGCCUCCUCUGCUUCUCCAAUCUCAUCUCAAACCCUCAAUCUCCCACCGUCCACGUGUCCUACGCCCUCUCCCAGCUCUCCCAGGCCCUCUCCGACCCUCCCUUCCUCCGCUCCCUCCUCUCCUUCCACUCCCGCCUCCUCAUCUCCCCUCUCGUCCAAACCCUAGCCUCCUUCGACGACGACCCCAUCGCACGACAGGUCGUCGAUCUCGUCACCGCUCUUUGCGAUUCCGCCGAUCCCUCGCUCGCUGCUGACUUCGUCGCUCGCCUCUCCGAUCGCCUCUCUUCCGGCGCCUUGGCUUGGAGUCGCCGUCAGGUUUACACGCUUCAUUGCUUAGGAGUUCUCUUAAACUGUCAGCAGAGUAAUCCCUUUGCUCACAUUAGAGACAAAAAUGGCCUCAUUACCAAUCUUGUUUCAGGUCUUCAAUUACCAAGUGAAGAAAUUCGGGGAGAAAUCAUGUUUGUUCUUUACAAAGUAUCUGCUCUCCACUAUGCAUCAGAGGAUGACGAUAGAUCUGAUCUUUUAUUUUCCUUUUGCCCCAAGCUAGUGCGCCUAUCUUUAGAGGCCCUCAUGAAGACCCAAAGUGAUGACGUCCGCUUGAAUUGCAUAGCGCUUUUGACGGUCUUGGCUCGGAGAGGGCUUUUUGGGACUGCAUAUGCCCCUGAUUCAAACAGCAUGAGUUCAUCUGAAGGAGAUAGCUUUGGGCAAGCAACAGAAAAUGGAAAAGAUAUGCAUCCUCUGAACAUAUUAUUCACUGAGGCGAUCAAGGGCCCACUUCUUUCAACAGAUAGCCAAGUCCAGAUCAGCACAUUGGAUUUACUCUUUCACUAUAUGUCCUGUGAAGGCACUUCGUGCAGAGAAAUCCAAGUACUAGUUGAAGAAAGCAUUGCAGAUUAUGUGUUUGAAAUACUGAGAUUGUCAGCCGAGCAAGCUUUCAAACAGAGGCUUGUUGUUGGGUUUGCAACUCUGGUUCCAGUUCUACAUUAUGUAGCUGAAGUUCCUUUGCAUCCGGUUCAAAAUCAAACACUGAAGCUCAUUUUGAACUGCAUUUCUGAUUGCCCCGGAAUGCUAUCCUCAUCUUAUAUAGAGGAACUAGUUCCUGUUUUAACAAAGAUGCUUAAACAGCAUACUGAUGGGGAUAUGGGCAUGCUUGAGGAGACAUUUAUCAUGACCUGUUCAGUCCUUGUAGCUAUCAUAAGAACGCCAUCUUUUCAGCCGACUUUGAAUGUAGCAGCGUCAAUUAAAGAAGCACUGCAAUAUGCUGUCUUAGCUUGUCUGGGUACAUCCAACAAACAUCCCGGUCAACUUCUGCAUUCCUUGUUUCUACUUAAAGAGGCAUACAUGUAUAGUCGUGAAGAAAAUUCAACUGACUCCUCCAAAAUAGAACUACAAAAUUUCAUUUUAAGUUUGUGCACAAAACAUUUAUUGCCUUGGCUGGUAACCACCUUAAAUGAAAUGGAAGAGGAGACUGUCCUUGGAGUACUGGAAACUUUUCAUUCGAUACUGCUUCAGGAUUCUGAUAACCAAGCCAAACAAUUUGCAAUGACACUAAUUUCGAGCACUUGGUUCACUUUAUCAUUUGGAUGUCUAGGCAUAUUCCCUACAGAGAAAAUGAAGUGGAGGGUGUAUCUGAUGCUCAGCUCACUGGUGGAUGUGCUUUUGGGAACUGAUACUGGGCAACCCAUUAGGGAUGCUACUUCAUAUCUGCCAUCUGAUCCCAUUGAUUUGCUUUUUCUACUUGGUCAAAGGAACUCGCAUAAUUUGGAAUUAUCUUCCUGUCAAUCUGCCAUUUUGCUGAUCUUAUACAUCAGUUCUUUACAUGAUGAAAGGGGUCUCGCAAAGGUUAGCUACCAAAUCUCCUAUAGUCCAGAAGCUGAAAGAAUCCUGUUUCAGAUAGUAAGUGAAAAUGAGUGGGAUUUGUCUUCUGCAAGAAUUCACCCGAUCUCACUGAAAUGGUUCUUUCAACAAGACAAAUUGAGAAACACAUUGUCUUAUCAGCUUCUGAAAUUUUGCAGAAGGAAUACAUCAGAUGGCUCUGACAUCACUGCCCUUGGAAAGAAUAGUCAUGUAUUAAAUGUUAAUGCAAUUGCAGAGUUAAUAGUAGGAGAACAUAGUUAUGGAGCAAGUAUUCUGGUGUGCUUAUUGACUGAGCUUGUUCAAACAGAAGGUCAAGAGCAAGAGAUAAUUUCUGUAGUCAAUCUCAUGGCAACUAUUGUCGACAUAUAUCCAACAAUUUCAGACCAGUUAUGCCUUCUUGAUAUUGGAAAUGCAGCUCGGACACUUUAUUGUGAGUCCUCCUAUACACAGUCCCCACAGAUAUCCACAGUUGUGUUGGUUCUUAUUUUUAAAAUCCUAUGCUCGGUGCAACAUGAUACUCUUUCUGGUGAUGAUAGUUGGCUUGCGGUGAUUGUGAAGUUAAUAAAUAGUAUCACCACAAAAGCUGCAGACAUGUGGAAUCAUGAAUGUCUCUUGGUGAUUGGCAUUCUUUGCUUGAUUUUGCACCAUUCUGCUAAUGCAGUGCUCACAGAAGCUUCAAAAACAAUCAUUUUCAGUAGUUCUCUAGUCUCUACAACCAACAGUGUGGUUCAUGCAGCAUGUCUUAAGGGGCCAGCAUUGGUUGACCAUGAUGAAGGAACAGGCUCUGGAGAGACUUUGAUAUUUUUGCUUCUUCUAAAUUACUUCACUUUAAGAAGUUCGCACAUUGUUGUACCAUGGAUUAUGGACUGGAAAGUUUUCUUAGAUCCCUCAGGUAGGGUGCAGUCAUUUUCCUUUGUUGGCAUCUACUGCCAUGACCUGUGCAGACUAAUGCAUUUUGGAUCUCCUGUGGUCAAGCUCACUGCUUCGUACUGCCUGUUGGAGCUGUUUACCCGAAUAUCUGAGCAGAGGAAUAGAACAGGGGAGGAGUUGCUAUUGGACACCAAGUACCUAAGUUCUGUAAUGGCUGUAUUAGAAGGCUUAGUUUUCUACAGUGACCUCAGAGUGGCUAUGAAUUGUGGCCUGUGCCUGUCAAUCAUCAUGGGGUGGGAAUUACCGGACAUCCAUGAGAUAAGUGUGGAUGCAAAGUAUACUUGGAGUAGGAUGGUUGUGGAAGAGCUCGCAAUGUCUUUAGCUGUCCCGUGCCUGGCAUCAAAAUCUUUCAUUAAUCUUCACAAGCCUGCAAUUCAUGUUGCAGUUGCUCUGUUAAAACUGCCGAAUAUUCCUAACUGGAUGAGAUCUGUAUUUGAUGAUACUUGCAUCUCUAGCAUAAUUCAAAACGUUGCGGCUAAAAAUUUGAGCACAGAGAUUGUCCUAUUAUUUCGAGCUCUAUUAAACUUGGAGUUCUUAAAGACGGAACAAAUUGCUAGUUUAAAUCAGUUGCUCCAGGUAUGCCGAAAGCAAAAGUACACUGACAACAGUAAGGACGAGGGUGGGCAAGAGCAUAGAGAGGUGAUCGGCAACCUGGAUGAUUUGGGAGAAGUUUGUGAGUAUCUCAUUCGUUUGAUGUCAUCAGAGUCAUCUCUAGAUAUUGAUUCGGGAGGAUCACAUCUUGAGGAUAAGAGAUUGUUAGAAGAAAUAGAGCUUUUCUUUAGAGCUUUAACAGUACAGGAUGUCAUCUAA